UCUGUGUGGUACUAAUUCUGGCAUUCUUUCAGACUAACAGGGAUGCCAAAGGAAAAAUAUGAUCCUCCAGAUCCUCGCAGAAUUUAUACCAUCAUGUCAGCAGAGGAGUUAGCCAAUGGGAAGAAGUCUCACUGGGCAGAAUUAGAAAUCUCGGGUAGAGUGCGGAGUUUAAGUACAUCACUUUGGUCACUGACGCACUUGACUGCUCUUCACCUCAAUGACAAUAAUCUUACUCGCAUUCCACCUGAUAUUGCCAAACUCCAUAAUCUGGUUUACCUGGAUUUGUCAUCCAACAAACUUAGAAGUUUACCAGCAGAACUAGGAAACAUGGUAUCUCUCAGGGAAUUGCUUUUAAAUAACAAUCUGUUACGGGUUUUGCCUUAUGAACUUGGACGGCUCUUCCAGCUACAAACCCUAGGUUUGAAAGGCAAUCCUUUAUCACAGGAUAUUCUCAGUCUGUACCAGGACCCAGAUGGAACACGUAAGCUACUGAACUACAUGCUUGACAAUCUAGCAGUUCACCCAGAGCAGUUGCCUGCAAGGCCAUGGAUUACUUUAAAAGAACGAGACCAAAUUCUGCCCUCAGCUUCAUUCACAGUUAUGUGUUACAAUGUAUUGUGUGAUAAAUAUGCCACCCGGCAGCUAUAUGGCUACUGCCCAUCCUGGGCAUUAAAUUGGGAGUAUAGGAAAAAGGGAAUCAUGGAAGAAAUCGUGCAUUGUGAUGCAGAUAUCAUUAGUCUUCAGGAAGUGGAAACAGAGCAAUACUUCACCCUCUUUCUGCCAGCAUUAAAAGAGCGUGGAUAUGAUGGAUUUUUCUCUCCAAAGUCACGUGCCAAAAUCAUGUCUGAGCAGGAGAAAAAGCAUGUGGAUGGCUGUGCAAUAUUCUUCAAGACAGAAAAAUUCACAUUGGUGCAGAAGCACACUGUGGAGUUCAACCAGGUAGCAAUGGCCAAUUCUGAAGGUUCAGAAGCUAUGCUAAAUAGAGUCAUGACAAAGGACAACAUUGGAGUUGCUGUGGUGCUAGAAGUGCACAAAGAAUUAUUUGCAACAGGUAUAAAGGCUCUUCAUGCUGUGGACAGACAGCUACUUAUUGUGGCAAAUGCCCACAUGCACUGGGACCCUGAAUACUCAGAUGUGAAACUCAUUCAGACUAUGAUGUUUGUCUCAGAACUGAAAAAUAUCCUUGAGAGAGCCUCUAGCAGGCCUGGUAGCCCAACAGCAGAUCCUAAUUCUAUUCCUCUGGUGCUGUGUGCGGAUCUUAAUUCCUUGCCUGAUUCAGGUGUUGUGGAAUACUUAAGCAAUGGUAUAGUAGCUGACAACCAUAAGGACUUCAAAGAGUUGCGUUACAAUGAGUGUCUCAUGAACUUCAGUGGUAAUGGAAAAAAUGGAGCUUCUGAAGGAAGAAUCACACAUGGCUUCCAGCUCAAGAGCGCCUAUGAAAACAACUUGAUGCCUUACACCAAUUACACUUUUGAUUUCAAAGGAGUAAUUGACUACAUUUUCUAUUCCAACACUCAUAUGAACGUGCUUGGUGUCCUCGGGCCUUUGGAUCCUCAGUGGCUGGUUGAGAACAACAUCACUGGGUGUCCUCACCCUCACAUCCCUUCAGACCACUUCUCACUGUUAACACACCUCGAACUCCACCCUCCACUCCUGCCUCUUGUCAACGGUGUUCACUUACCAAACAGGAGGUAGUGGAGCCCUGCCCCUUAGAGGGCUAGGACCUGUUGUUAUGGACCUGUACAGUUGUAAAUCAAAGUAUGUAGGAGUGAAGUAUGGCCAACCUUAAGCUGCUUCUUCAAGCUCCUUUCAUUGUGUGUUUGAUAUGAGACUUUGCACAUUUUGGUGCAUAUUGGUAUCAUUUGGCACUAGGGCUGGAACCAAAGUAUUAUUCCCUUUUCAGGUUUUUAAUUUAAUUUUAAAGCUGGCAAGCUUGUUUUGUUUCAUUUGGAAACUGCAUUUGUAAACAGACGUAUCAGAUUGAAAACUUGCAUAUUAAUCUAUCUAAAAUGUAAUGCUUUAUUCCAAAUUGUAGCAAAAAGAGCCAUUUUUAAAAGGAAAAUAUGUAAUACUUAAAACUGAAUGAAAAGGACUUGUUUUGUAGGGCAAAUAAUUAAAAAUACUAACUUUUUCUGGACUCAGAGAUAUGUGUGCUGCACCCAAAACAAAUUUUGCACAUCAGCAAAGCACUUAAUGUUGACUGUAAAUUAUUAACAGUGUAGCCCUCCCCUUCUCCCCAUCUAGCUAAUGUUGAAAAACCAAAGACAGUUGCAUAUAUCUAUUGAAAUUUGAGGGCUAAAUUAUCUCCUGAUGUAUCUCCAUUCACUACGAUGGAAAUAUGCCAUCAGAGCAAUUAGAUCUAAGCAUUUAAAGCUGUAUAAAACUCUCUUGCUUGGCAGACAUAUUGGUAAUUUACUCGGAACUCUGAAGAACAUAAAUCUUUUAUUUUUCUGACUAAGAAAUGUAUCAAUCCAAACUCUAUUAAACAGUCAUCUUAGACAAACCAAGGCAGGAAGCUGUUCAGCAACAUAGCAUGGGAACAGGACUUUAGAAACAAAGUUAAGAAAUUGCAUUUAAAAAUUGUUGCAAGAAUUUUUUGAGUUGUGAUCUGCAAGAGCAAAUUUGUUCCAACCCUAUCUUUGGGUCUCCUUUUGGAAAGUUAAGUUGCAAAGAUGGAUUGGAUGCAACUGGUCAAACUAGGGGUACAGGAAAAACAACUCUGGAAAUGAUCUUACUUCUGUCUCCAACAGGCAUGUUAAAUAACUGUCUAGGUGUUUUUAUGUGUGUGGGGGAGGAGAGAGUGGUAGCCAUCGUCAUUCCUUGGAUUAUUUUUCCUGACCCUAGUUGCCAAAUAGCCAUCAUAUGCUUUUAAUAAUCGUUGUUUCUCUUUGUUGGUUAGGGUUGAAUUAAAAAGCUACUGGUUCAUUCCCAGCUGUUAAUGUUCUCAAGUUGUGUUGGACUCUUUUCUUUUAUGCUCUAGGUGGCCAGUUCAAAACUUUGUGCCUCAAGAGGCAGUAAACAUAAUGCAGUUUUCUGAAAGAAUUUAGUAGGCUGCUUUAAAUGUUUAAAAAAUGGCACAGUAAUAAGAAAAGGUUGUGUCUGUGUUUUUAAGUUUUUCUUUAUUCUGCUUUUUUGCUGCUAUAAGAUUUUCUUGAAUUUAUAUUUUAAACUUUUCAUGCACUUUACUGUUUCUAGUCUCAAAAUGUAAUAUUUUUAAUAAAUAAGAAUUUUUUCCAUUAUGUGAAUGAAAUUUUUAAACAGAUUGAUAGCCUAUAUUUGUCUCAUUCAUAUAUUUAAAAAAUCAAAUUUAAAUUGUUAAAUUAGUUUUAAAUACUAAGGAGCCAUCUUCUGUCUUGCGAAACUGAUAUUUUAGGCUGUUCCACCAUUCUUUAAUUAAUAUUCCUUUUGUCAUUUUUAUAUACAGGAAGUCAUCCAUAGAAAAUCAAUUGGGCUAGAGUAGAAAAUCUAUCCUGAUUUUUGUUUUGCUGGGAGGGCGGGAUAGCGGGGGAUAUAAUGAUUGGUUUGGCAGAACCACAACUCCCGUUCAGAAGUGCCUAAAAAUGGAGGCAUCCUCUAUUGUCUAAUAUAAAUUGGACAUUUACUGUAGCUGAGUGAAAUUAAUGUAAAUAAUGUCUUUUUGUGCAACACCAAAAAAAAAAAAUCUUUUAAAGAUGGAUUUUCCUCAAGGUGCAGGUAUCUUUUUAUAUACCUCAGUGUUCAACACCCUGCUAGGCUUAUAAAUUGAAAAAGUAAUUAGAGUAUAGUACUAGAAAGUAGAAUAGCAUGAAAAACUUAAUUUUGUGGACAUUACCUUUUUGUAAUCAGCUACUGUAUCUCUUUGGAGGGGUGGGUUCUCUGCUCUGGAGGUAUGCACUAACAAACCAUUUUCCUCCUUUCAUACAUGCAUGUUAACUAGCAAUGUGAGCAAUAUUUCCUACCAUACUUCACUCCCAAUAUUUUUGAGAUGUUUGUAUAAAACGGAAUUUAAAGUUCACCUAUGAUUGUAUAUGAUCUGCAGAGGAGCCCGUUUAUUAAUAAUAAUAAAAUAAUCUUUUGUAAUGUUCGGGAGGGAAUAAAUUGGGAAACAUUGUAAACAGCUUAGGUUUAUUUUUUUUUAAUUUUCUUUUGAUUUAUAAUUAAGUGAGGCGAUCUGUUGCAGGAAGGUGUUUAAUUGGGUUUUCUCUGCUUCUAAAUGCACUCUUCAGAACGUCCAUAAUCCUGUGUAAUUUUUAAGACUUGUUCUGUUUGAUAGAUGUUGCACAAAGCCUCUUAUGUGAAAAUGAGUGUUUGUGUUUCAGUUGGCACACACUUGGGGCGUGUUUACCCAAAUUUUACAUGUUCUUCCCCCUGCCACUUUUCUCAUACAUUCUGCUCCCCACUGCCCUGCUGUUUUUCCAAAAACAAGGAGCACUACCUUUUAUUGAGCUUCUAUUUCAGGUGAUCAGAAAUGCUGCUACCUUUUAAUGAUUUUGUUUUCAUUUGUGGUUUUUAACAUACAAGUAAUCUGGAACACUAUCAGUAAUAAACUGAACAGACUAAAGGCGAGCAACAUUUUUGAACAAAAGCACAUGUAUCAUACACAUGUUAGCACACAUGUCAGUGUGUGUUAUGGAUGGAGACUCCUGGCUUACAAAGUCAAGGACUUGAGCAGUUUUGAAUGUGCAAAUCUUUAAUUAAGCUUUUUUUUUUGGUAGUGGAAGGGGGAGGGAAGGAAACUCUGGAAAGUUGAGGUACCACAGUUGUUCACAAUAAAUAGAUGGGCACCUAAAUAUACUGGGCACUGAUCCUAGUCUCCUAACUUUAAACAUUGCGACUACUGCAGCAUCCUCAGGACUGAUAACUAGAAAAAAGUUCAAAUUCGUAUAGUGCUCCUUGCUUAGUUUGUUUUCAAAAUAUUGUGCCUGGUGUCGACUUCAAAGCAACAGCACUGCCUAAAGCAGAGAAAAAAAAAUCUAACACCAUUCUACAAGCAACUUUUUAAAAUUCGGUAUGGUAAAUCUGUUAGAUACGGGGUUUUGUGUGUGUGUGUGUGUAUAUAAAAAUGAGAAUUUUUGUACGAUGUACCUGAAUAUUUUUGUUUCAUUUAUUUUGAUGUAAAGUGUGAACAUUUUGCAUACCACAUGUUGAAGUCAGGUAUGGCACAAUGGGUUCUGAGACCAGCUUUUCCCAUUUGCCUUGUUUAAAGCUAUGUCUUUUCUUCAGUUUCUUGCAUUCAUCAAAUACUUCAUUUCACCAAGAAGCUUACUUUGUGCGUUUUGAAGCCACUCUUGUUUCUAAUCUGGAGAAGCAUUAAACUGUAUUUCUUGUUAGUCCCAGCUCCUUGAUUCCUCUGUUUAUAGACUAUGGCCACAGUCUUCAAACUUAUACAUUUUUCAAAAGGGCUUAAUGCUAGUACUACUCCCACAAUUUCCCAAUUGACUUCACUGGGGACAAUGUUGAGCCAGUGCUGAGAAAAUCUGAAAAUCUCCCAGCCUGCUUGCUUUUUAAGUCUGAUUCCUAAACUGAAGUUCAGACAUUUAAAUUACUACUAGCCUGGUGUGCAAAGGUGCUGAGUACCUGUGGCUUAGGUUUACUUAAGAAUUUCUGACAAUCAGGCCAUCUAUAGUUUUGGUGUUUGUUGUAUAUGACUUUAGGAGCCCUACUUUCAGCACCUGGUUCUGAAGGCUUUGGUCUAAUUUACCAAGGAGUAGACUACGAUAUAAAAGGCUCAUAUCACUUGAUUCCAUGGGGACUACAUUUUUGGUUGGUGGGGGGUUACAGGUGUGGACUAUGGAGAGGAGAAAAACUAUAAUUUUUAAAAAGAAAUUAAAGGUUACUUCGUGUUUUAACUAUAAUAAGUUAUGUGAGGAAACCAUUCUUUUACUUGCCCACUUAAAUAGUUUUAAGACUUCUAAAUCACUUGUGCAUUAUUAAUAUUCUCCCAGUAGUAAACUGAGAAGAAGUAGUGGGCAGUUAUUAACACCUCUCCUUUCUUUGUUUCUUUUUUAAAGGUCAGAUUUAAACCCUACAACAGAACUGUUUCCAUUCUAAAUCUAGGCUUCCAGCAUCAAAAAUUCAGCAUGAAACUUGGCGUAUGAGAUCUGAGUGAAAGGAUUUUUUAAUACUAAUUGUCCAUAAAAAUGAUAGGCUGCAAUAUAAACAUGAAAGGAUUAGUUUGCAAUCUUGAAUUUUAUGCAACUCCUGUAACAAAUGGAGUUGUUAUAGCAAUAUUAAACUUUAAACAGGAAUUGUUUUAAAUGGCCUGAGUAGUAUAUAUAAUCCUACAGGUAGUAACUUUCCAGAUUUUUCUGAAGUUAGUUCUCAUUAGCAAGGAAUACCUACAUAAAAAUAGAUGUCAUAACAUUUUAGGAUUACCUUUUAGAAUGACUCUUUUCCCUUCUGUAUGGGGAAAAUUGAGCUGAAACAUAUUGAGACAUCAAUAAUGGCUAAACAUUAUAAAGAAAGAAGUCAUCUGCUUCUGUGUAGUUAUAUUCUUUAUUUGACCUGGUUAUUUUUUCCCCCCAGUGUUUCAAUAGAAUAUGCUGUGUAAGUCUUCCUAAAUAUUUUGAAAUUUUGGAAUAUUUAACAUACAGCAUAAGUUAAGGAGUUAAUAACAACAUAGUUAUUACAUAUGUGUAUUAUAUAUUAUAAUACAUAUUUUGAGGUCUGAUUUUUUUUUUGCUUUUUAGCAACCUUCAUAAAAUGAAUUGCCGAACAGAAAAUGAAGUAACAUUGAAUAAGAUUCUGGUCCCACUGAAGCUGAUGAAAGCAUUGUCAUUGACCUUUAGACCAAUAGUUUCAUCCCUAGUGUCUAGUGUCUUCACAACUAUCACUACUGCUGAAAAUGUUAAAAGUGAUUUAAAAGAUCAGUGGUUGAAUACAUAGGGCUUCUGAAUGAACUAAUAAUUUCUUUCCUGUUGAAGUGGUCUAUCCAGAAUAGUAUGGAGGCAGAAUGGCACAGGGAAUCUUUAAUAUGCUAGUCUAGGAAAAGAUGAAAUUUUGGGGUGGGGCUUUUUCUGUUUAAUAAUGUGGUAAGACCUGAACACUCUUCUGAAAGAGUACAGAGAAAACUCUUACUAAAACAAUAAAAUAAAAUAACCCAUUUAUCAAAUCAUCUUAUGCUAGGUGUCAGCCUAGAAUUAACUUCUACAAAUUAUAAACAAAUGAAUAUUGGACUUGCACAUGUAGGUACCAGACAAUGCUACAACUGAUUAGGGACAAACAUUUUUUUAAAAGCUGAACCCUAAAUGUUGAAUGCAUUUGUAUCCUGUGUAGUAGCGACCACAUCUGGCACCAAGAUGGAUAAUACUUGAUUUUGUUUCAGAGUACCAGGGUAAGGAAAAGAGAGUGAUGAAACUGAAGAGGCUGUGGGUGAGGUAUUGAAAGCAACUGGAAAAAUGACAAUAAAAUUACGACCUUUUAAAAUAAGCUCUUGUUUAAAACAAAUUUUACAGCAUAAUUUGACUCUAAUGGAUAAUAAAGCAUGAUAUCUAAAUUACAGUUUAAGAUUGGUUUGGUCUAAGGAUGGCACACUUUAGGGAUGCAUAUUCUUGGAGUAUGUUCUGAAAUAAGCUUGAAGUUGGGGAAUGUAUGUUUGUACUUCAAAUUUGAAUAAUUCUGAUGGCAAAACAUGCCAAGUGAUAUGACUCUUGUCUUUUUUUGUUUUGCAAAUAGUACAGCAUGGUUUUUUUCCUUUUUUUAAGCUUGCAAAAUCCUUCACUGCUGUAGUGGGGAAGGAUGGUUAUUCUGGUACUUGGUCUCAUGUUUUUGUUAAACAGUUUCCAAGAUAUAGACAAUUUAACGAGUUUGCAUUUGUCUGUAUUUGUCUUUGUUCUUAAUCAAAGAAUCAUGGUGGCUCUCUUUACAAGUGUUGUUGUUUAUUUUGGCUUUGGCUUCAAUUUUUAAUUAAUGCAUAGUGUGGUUUUUCCAAGCAAUUAAAGUGUAGUGUGCACCA